CGUCCAAAGAAGCCUUGCACAGCAUAACAAUGUUUCAAAAUUUCCUCUUCCUUUUCUUAUCAUUCUGUAUUCUAACACCACCAACACCUGCAACUCCACUCUCUUUCAAAAUAGAUUUCAACGAUCCCAAUAUCAGCAACAACAUAACAACCAAAUCAGAUGCAUUCAUCAACAAAGGCAUCCAACUCACCAAAGACGGUUACUACGACAAUAUCAAAAACAGCGUCGGCCGAGCAUUCUACAAGGAGCCCAUGUUCCUUUGGGACAGGCAAACCAGGGAACUCACCAAUUUCACCACCCACUUCUCCUUCCAAAUAGUUACCAAGUCGGGCAGCGGCGCCGAUGGCCUAGCAUUCUUCCUCUCCCCUGACCUCUCCGACGCCCCCAACAACUCGGCCGGUGGUUCUCUUGGCCUUUUUAGCAGCACCAACACCUCAGCUAACUCUCUGCUUCUCGCUGUGGAGUUUGACACCUAUGAGAAUUUUGGAAUUGAUCCUAACUAUACUUAUCCUCAUUCUCACAUCGGCAUCGAUAUUAAUUCCACUAAGUCAUUGAAGACUGCUGAAUGGAUCGGUAGAUUCAACACCGGUGAUCCAUUGAAUGCCACUGUCUCAUAUAGUGGUGAUACCAUGAACUUGAGUGUCUUUUUGACGAACCACACAAUGAAUUUAAGUAUUUCUUAUGUGGUAGACUUGAGGAAUAUCUUGCCGGAAAAUGUAUAUGUUGGAUUUUCAGCAGCCACUGGAACGGAUAUACAGACUCAUUCCAUCUUAGCCUGGGAUUUCAAUUCGACUCUGGUGUCAAAAGCUUCAACUCCGACGCCGCCUGUGAGCAAGAAGAAAAGAAGCAAGAUUGGUCUCUUAGUUGGUCUGAGCGUUGGUGCAGUAGUGCUAGUGAUCGCCUUUGGGUUGCUCUGGUCUGUGCUGCGGAUGAAGAGGCCGACAGAAACAACCGGCAACGAGGAAGAAGUGGAGAUGGACUUGGCCAUGGAUGAUGAGUUUGAGAGAGACAAGGGACCGAAGAAAUUCCUUUAUAGUGAUCUUGCUAAAGCCACAAACAACUUUAGUGAUGAAGAGAAGCUCGGAGAAGGAGGGUUUGGAAAUGUCUACAAAGGUCUCUUGCAAGAAGAGAAACAAGUGGCUAUCAAAAGGAUCUCCAGAGGGUCCUCACAAGGCAAGAAGGAGUACAUCUCCGAGGUGAAGAUCAUAAACAAAGUGAGACAUCGAAAUCUUGUGCAACUUGAAGGUUGGUGCCACAACCGAGGUGAUUUCCUACUCGUUUAUGAGUUCAUGCCCAAUAGCAGCCUCGACAAACAUAUUUACGGCAAGGAGAGACUGCUUUCAUGGAGUCAGAGGUAUAAGAUUGCUGUUGAUUUAGCUUCUGCUUUGUUGUAUCUUCAUGAAGGCUGGGAGCAGUGUGUGGUGCAUAGAGAUAUCAAGCCAAGCAAUGUGAUGCUUGACUCUGCGUUCAAUGCUAAACUUGGGGAUUUCGGCCUGGCCAGACUUAUAGACCAUGAUAGUGACUUACAGACAACCAUUGUGGCAGGAACAAGAGGGUACAUGGCGCCGGAGUACAUCAACACUGGCAAGGCAAGUAAGGAGUCUGAUGUUUAUAGCUUCGGAAUUGUCGCACUGGAGAUAUCGUGCGGCCGGAGGCCGGUGGACCUGAGGGAGGAGCCAGGUAAGGUGUUGCUUGUUGAGUUUGUAUGGGAUCUUUAUGGGAAGGGUAUGAUUCUUGAUGGAGCUGACAAAAGGCUUGAGAAUGAGUUUGAUGAGCAUCAGAUUGAGAGGUUGAUGAUUGUUGGUUUAUGGUGUGCUCAUCCUGAUUAUAAACUAAGGCCUUCUAUGAGACAAGCCAUUAGUGUUCUAAACUUUGAAGCUUCAUUGCCUAUACUUCCUUCAAAGAUGCCUGUGCCUAUGUACUUUGCACCACCAUUGGAUUUGGCUCACAGUGCAUAUGCAUCAACCUCUUCUUCCGGUGGUUUUCAUGGCACAUCUCACACACACAGCAGCUAUGCAUCUUAUUCUUCACAAUCUACAGAGCCUGCAAGUACCUCUCAGUCUACCCAUCUUCUUUCGUCCAGAUAACAGAGGACUCAUUGCAGGUUCAUCUCAUUUUCUUCAAGUGAUGAUGUUGAUGCUUCUCCGGACCCACAACAACAACGAAUUCCAAGCGAAUCUAUUCUUGCUCUCAAACGCUCAUUGGAUU